AUGGCACCUGAAAGACCAGUCCUGCCGCCUCUGGAGACCCCGAAGCACACGACGUUCCCGUUGGAAAUCCACGGUGGCAACAGGGACAACUCGAGGCGGCCAGGGAACAAGUCGGCUCCUAUCACUCCCCCGGCGGCCUACACGGAGUUCCUCAGGGCCCUCACUCCGGUCUUUUCCAGUCCCCCAAGUGCCGGGGCCAGCGUCGCCAGCCUGAAGUUCGAACCGAGCAGUGCAGCCGGCAGAUCAUGGACGUUGAACACUCCAUCCAGCACGACGUCUUCUCUCCCUCCACCGACUCCUUUUUCUGGUCCCCUUUCCGCGAGCACCUGGUCCACGUCACAGCCGGGCAGUGAAGUUAGCGGAUCAUUGUCCUCGUGCGGGGAUCCCCUGAGAUCGGCCCCAUUGUCAUCAUCUUCUCUCCCUCCACUGCCUCCGUGCACCGCUCUCCUUCCCCCGGAUAUUAAGAGCACCGAUAAUAGUGACCAUGGCGCAUGCAGUGCGAGACAUCCACGCGUCCCGCAUUCGCUCAAGCUCCCUCCGCUCUCGGCAAGUUGCCGCCCGCCCCGGAGUGCGACGAGUCUUCGGUCCCCCUUGUCUCUGUCUGCUUGGAAAUUGCGGCGUUCUGAUCAGCCCAGGCCAGUCAGCGUGACACAAGUCAUUACUCGCACGGUAACCUUUAAGCACACACAGCUUCAGGCCCCACCCAAGGGAAGGCGGGGCAGAUAUCGGGAAGUGAAGGCCUGUUGA